UGCACACCUGCACUGCCUACUUCCGAAUUUCCCAUCCCGACCGGCGGCUAUCCUCGACGGCUCUGCGUCCUCGCCCCGCCCUGCUCCGCCGCCGCUUCUCAAUCGCAUCGCCGCCCUUCCGCGCCUCCAUCAGAUCGAGGUGCUAUUUCGGUAUUUCCACCGCAGCUGCUCUUCUUUCUCUCCCUCUCGUCGGCGGCUCGGCGCCGUCGCCGUCCUCAGCGCCCCACCUGGACCGGCGUGGAGCAGAGGGACCCAACCCGUGCAUGCGUUGAUUCCAUCUCUGAGUAAGAAGAUUGAUUAAGAAUGGCUGCGCGGAGCACUUCCAUGGCCUCCGAGGAUGACUAUGAGACUGAACAAAAGAAGCAAGUCGCUGCAAAUGUUCUUUUCCACUAUUCACAGUUUGUGAUGGUCUGCAUUGGUGAGGAAGUUCGCCCUACUGAUCUCAGGUUACAUCUUAUGAAGGAAGUUUCAGGAAUGCCCACUUCUCUAAAGGAGCCUCAACAGGCUGCUGCCUCACCAGAUUCUAGUGGUGAACCAUCGUCCUCUGGAACAAUGAAAACCGAAAUCUCCUAAAUUGCCCAGCUCUGAUCUCCUGCUGUUUCUUGUGCACGGAGAAGAAAGUAAUGUUCAGAUGACGAGCCCUACUUGUAUAAUAGGAAUGUACAUAUGUUAGCAUCGCAUGGUUACCUAUAGUUUUUUCUUUUGACAACGCAUAAGGAAAACAUUGGUCAUCGCCAUGCCCUGCUGUUCUGCUGCUUUAUCUUCUGUCGUGACAAUCUGGUAGUGGUAGAUGAUGUUUGUGAUAGUAUUUGUACCCAUCUUCAUGUUUGAAUUCAUUUUUAUUCAGGCAACAAUCGUGUUUGCUGUUGUAUUUAUUUUUUAUUAGAAACGCAAAUGCUGUGAUAUAAAGAUGUGGGUUUUGAAUA